ACUCUCGUCCGAGUGUGCCAGAGGGAAGAAGAAUUGAGGAAUUUGUGAACACGCAACAGCUGUUGAACAUGCAAUGUCGGCAACAGAAAAAACGUUAUUAAAUUGUUGCCAGCAGCACAGUUACAGUCACCGACACUUUAUAUUUUCCACUGUUUAAAGAUGCUAACUAACGUAGCUAGCUAGUGUAGUUUAAUGUUUAGCUAGCUUGGUUGCAAUGCAGGCUGUGUGCGUAAUUCCAUAAUAAGUGGAAUUUAAAAUAUUUUAAAAUAUUCUUAGUUAAAUACACAUAUUUCCAUAAACAUCAUCGCUGUCAAUUUUAGCAACGUUUUUUAUUCUUGAACAUAUCCAUUGAAAAAAGUUUUUCCGGUUUCCAUAAGUCACCUGACACACUGGUGACUGAGGUCGAGCUCCUCGGAACAACUGGUUAGACGACAAACAGCUGCCCAAGUACCUUUUUUUCUACUAUUUAACUUGAGAACUACGACAGUUCCCGUAGUGAUAAAGUCUACUUUUGAGUUUACGUCGUCGUUUGAGUCGUUAAACUAUGGUUUCGUGUUUAUUUUGCGGUCCCAAGUUGGCCGCCUGCGGUAUUGUCAUCAGCAUCUGGGGAGUCAUAAUGCUGGCAAUGUUGGGUAUUUUCUUCACCACCCACUCUGCAGUGCUGAUAGACGAUGUGCCUUUCAAAGAGGAAGACAUGCACAAUGAUCAAGAUCCUCCCCACAACAUCUACAAACUCUAUAACCAGGUUGGAUACAACUGUUUCAUCGCAGCUGGUAUCUAUGUGCUGGUUGCCGCUCUCUCCUUUUGCCAGAUUAAACUCAACCAUCGCAAGGAGUACAUGGUACGCUAGCACCACCUACUGGACUAGCAAUGGUACUGCAGGACUGAUACCACCUGCUGGACUAGCCCUGGUACUGCAGGCUGCAGCACCACCGCCUUACACUGUCUGGAGAAGUCUUUUUCCAUACAUGUUCUGUUUUAAAUAUGAAUGAAUGGUAACCAGGGUUGGGGCUGAUUCCAGACAAUUCAGGAAGUACCCUGAAAUUCCAAUUAGGAAAAUUUUGAAUUGGAAUUUGGUUUACUUUUUUAAUUGAAAUGGAAUUGACCCAAGCCCUGUUGGUAGCAUUGUUAUUGUCUGCCUUGUGUCCUGAUUCUCCACACUUCUCCCAAAGUGUGCACUUGUACAGUCGCCAUCUUGGACUUAAGCAUGGGAUUGAUGUAAGCGUUGUCUGGAGUUUCCAGAACUCUUAAAUCCAUGGGCGGGAGUAUGCAAGUGCACACUUUGGAAGAAUUGGGAGUAAGCCUAUGUGUAUGAUCAAUAUAUUUGUUAAUCACUAACACCGUGCUAUUAUUAAUCUACUGAAAUCAAAUCACCAGAGUUGUAUUAUUUCCUUGCUAGCAUCUACAGAAUUAGGAAUAAUAAGUGCUUUAUGUUAAUUCACUGUGCCUGUCUUCCCCUCAGGUAAAAAAAUCUGGCAAUUUCUCAAAUUAUAGUUGUAUUUGUUUGAAGCCUUAACUUGUUUUAGAAGCUGCACAGAAGUUUGAACUUCUAGUGUUUUUUUAGAACUUCUAGAAUGUUGUGCCUUACUAUGUGACAAACAACAGCUUCUGUAUGUUCUAUUCUAAUCUAGUGCCUUAUUGGACAGAAUGCUAAUUUCUCUGCUUUCUCAUGGACUGUUCUGUCAGAUCUCUUGGCUUUUUAGUUUUGGAAAUCUAAUCAAAAGUUUUGAAUUUUGUUCAGCCUUGAUACAGUUUGAUGUAAUAAAUCCUGAUUGUUGAGUAGUUUUAAAAA